GGGACCUGUCCCUUCCUUGUGCUGAUACAGGGAUGUAGAAGGAGGUCACCAGCAGCCCACCACAACCCAGCCCACCACAGCCCAGCUCACUACAGCCCAUCCCAUCCCAUCCCAGCCUGCUCCACUCCUGUUUGCAGUGCUUACAAUUCCCUCCAACAUUGUAGGUCAUUCGGCCUCUCCUUCCAUUUUGGGAAGGGCUUCCGGGGAUAUUUCGCCCUAGAAAAAUAAUAAUUAUCGUAUCUCCCUAAUUCCCAAUUAUUAUGCACAGGCUUAUUUAAGAAAAAGGAUUAUAUGUUUUGUGUGUUAGAGGAUGGAUUUGAAUUUGACACUCCUCUACUUCUGUUCUGUGAGGAGUCCUACACACAGAUGAACCAGGCGAGGAGAGGAGAGGAGAGCUCAGCACGCAGGCUGUCAUGUAAGCCGUAUUCUCUGGGGCCACCUCUUGGUGCACGUUGCUUCCUGCCGCAGGUAAAAGCGUCAGUGUGAGUGCUGCUUUGCUGUGUGUGAGCGUCAGGCUGUGCUGUCCUCUCCCUCCCACAGCGAGAGCAGCUCUGCUGGGUACCAGCUCCACCAUUCACCAGAGGACACAUUACCCCAGUGCUGACAUGGAGAAGCGUUGCUCAGAGUGCCCAGAGCCCAGGCUAGCCCAGAGCCUGUGUACAUUCUGCAACAAGUGGCUGUGCUACCAGUGCACAGACAUGCACCAGCACCAGAGAGCCACCCCUCAGUGCUCAGACCUGCACCAACACCAGAGGCCCACCACCCAAUGUGUCGACCUGCACCAGAGGGACCAGAUGGCCCCCAGCUCUCUGCCUCCACCCGAACCAGGCCCUGGCUCGUGUGGCCGCCCCCUCCUCAUGUGCCACUCUCACAGACAGGAGCCCUUGGAGCUCUUCUGUGAGUCCUGUGACCUCAUGUGCUGCAGCAGCUGUCACCUGUCCGCCCACAAGAACCACAGGUUGGUGCACAUUGGAAAGGCCCUGCAGGACCAACAGUGGCAGUUUGAGAGCCUGAUGGCUCAGGUGGAGGAGAGGAGGUCUGCAGUGGAGAGCACAGCCAAACAGAUAGAGGACAGGCUGCAUGGUGUAAAGAUCACGCAGAGGAAGGCUGAGAACCAGAUUAAAAUGGCAAAGAUGAUUAUGAUGAAUGAGCUGAACAAACGGGCCAACCUAUUAAUAGAGCAACUGGAGGGCUGGCGGGUCGAGCUGAAGUCUCAAGACCAUCUACUGGUGGUCAGCUGGACUGAAGCAGGGCGCGUGCGGGUCGAAGAACCAGGCCAUGCGCGUGGAGAUGCGUCUGCAGGGCGUCGCGUGCCCUUUGUCUCCGGAGACGCAUCGACUAUCUGGAAGAGGGCGCCCCAAGCAGCCUGCUAUGGCACAGGCUGGCGUGGGCGUGUGACUGGGCAGAGUCCGCCGAGGAGAGCUAGCUAUCUAAAUCCUGGGCCGUACAGCACAGGCAUCACUCGCCACCACGGAGGCCACGAGCCCUGUGGCAUGCUCGGAGCACACUCAGCCAUGGCGAUCGAGAACAACCGCAUAUAUGUUGAGCAGCAGGAGAAAGAGCAGCAGGAGGAAGAGCGAGCAGGAGGCCAGGACUACACAGCCACCAGAGACUUGCAGAGAUGGCAGGCCGAUGAGAGGAGAUCCACUUCACUGGAGAUGUCUGUGACGACCCAUGGGUUCAGUGUUGAUGCUCAGAGCAGCAGGCCCAGCUCACUGUGUGGGAGGAAGAGUCGAUCCCAGAGCAUCCCACCAGAACUGGCAGGCCCCUCCAGCAGCCCCUCCACAGACAGGCCCCUGGGGGCCACCCACAGCUUAGCAACAGCAACAGCAGCCGUGGAACGGGGACGCAUGGCAGACCAGCAGGGUUUCAUGGAUCUCAGGCGGAGGGGGUUGUCUUCUGAUGGAGUGAAACGAUCCUUAGCCACUCCUCCCUCCAGAGGCCAGCCCAGCCUACGCCUGUCACCUUUGACCAUCUACAAGACAGAGCCUGAUUAUGUCUAUGCAUAUGAUGAGACUGGGCAUGACGUCAAAGGAAAAUGCAGAAUACCAAGAAAGACUCCAGACAACAGUGACAGAGAGGUACAGAAGGAAUCUGGGAGUUCCAGUUCCAAGGUUCCAGUGGUGUGUUUGGAAAGGCUGAAGAUCCUGGUGUCUCAGAUCCCACCACAGGGGCGGCGACAGAGUGACCCUCUGCCAGACACCGCAACAGAAAGGACAGGACCUGUUCCACAGAGGGGAUGGGAGGACAAGAUGACUGAGGGAAUAUCAAAAGAAGCCAAGGUCGCAACGGUCAGCCCGUCUCUGGAUAAACAAUACUCAGAGAGACACACUAUCAAUCAAUCUCUCCCACCUCCAGUAAUCAAUGAUUGGCCUGAGCAUYGAAGASACAGUCCUCARAAAGAGCUCACACUGCAAGUACCCGCCACUGAUCUUGUAUCACCCCCACCUUUCUCUGCACCUGACCUUGACUCUGACUCAGAUCCCAGGUCAAUCUCAGAAACUGUUUCUGACCCUGAACUGGACUCGGACCCACAACCAGAAUCGGAUCCCAAGCAAGAGUCUGACCCACAACCAGAAUCUGACCCACAAGCUGAGUCUGCAUCAGAGGCUGAUCUGGAAUCAGUUGCUGAUGAGGAAUCUCCUGAUGGGCCUGCUACAGAAUCUGAACCUAGUGUGGAAUCAGAACCUAGUGUGGAAUCAGAACCUAGUGUGGAAUCAGAACCUAGUGUGGAAUCAGAACCUAGAGUGGAAUCAGAAGGUAGUGAAGAAUCAGAGAAUGGUUUAGAAUCAGAGAAUGGUUUAGAAUCAGAGAAUGGUGAAGACCUGGAUGCUGAUGCGGAAUCGGAGGCUGAUAUGGAAUCAGACCUCCAACCUGACCCUGGCUCAGACCCCCGUUUUCCAUCUGAAACACGUCCGGGAUUAGAUUCAGACCUGGAAUCAGACUGUGCACAACCCCCUGAAUCACAAGGGUCUGCAGAAUCUGGACCAGAUCUUGAAUCGGAGCCAGACUCAGCCCCUGACCCAGCCUCUCUAAGUCCUGAACCAGGAGUGGAGUCCCCUCCAGCCCAGAGGGCCCUGCAUGCAGACCCUGGUCCACAGAGGCAUUGUGAAGGAGCCGAGCAGGCCCUGACUGGGGCAGAGACCAUGGAGAUGGAGAGUGAAGACUUCUGUGCCGUGUGUCUGAUCGGAGGAGACCUUCUGUGCUGUGACCGCUGUCCCAAAGUCUUCCACCUGUCCUGCCAUGUGCCCGCUCUCCUCAGCUUCCCCACGGGUGACUGGGUGUGUACCUUCUGCAGAGAUAUCCAGCAGCCAGAGGUGGAGUAUGACUGUGAGAACCAGAGGCUGGCUGCAGAAUGUUCAGGAAAGCCACUACCUCAUGUGCUCURUGCUUGUGACCAGAGAAAAUGUGAGAGGUUGACUCUGUUGAUCUGCAGCAACAUGCUAAGUGCUCCCUUCCAUGAGCCGGUCAGUCCACUGGCUCGCCACUACUACCAGAUAAUCAAAAGGCCCAUGGAUCUGUCUGUGAUCAGGGCCAAACUCAGCAAGAGGAGCACUCACCACUACUAUUCACUUGAGGAGUUUGUGGCUGAUGUAUCCCUCAUGUUCAGGAACUGUGCAAAAUUCAAUUAUCCGGACUCAGAGGUGGCCCAAGCAGGUCGCAGCCUGGAGACGUUUUUCAGCUCCAGACUCAGGGAGGUGUUCCCAGACAGGGCCUUCCCUGCAGCCGAGGAGGACUCCGACAGCGAUGAGUACGACGAGGUGUACAGAGCAGCUGAGGGAGGCUUCCCCUGGCCAGAGAAGAGAGAGCAGUGCCACAGGAAGAGGAAGAGGAGGCACUCUCUCAACUGGAGGAAGCAUAACUUCUAGUUGUAGGCAGUGGGGCAGAGCCUAUCACUGGCUAUUUUGAAGGACAGUAUGACAUGAUAUUGCACUGGAUGUUUCCAUCCAAGAGAGGAAGCUGAGUUUUUAUGAAGGGAUUGUAUGUACAUAUUUACAUUUUGAGAAUUGUACUUCUUCAUUAUAAAGGUUAUCUGCUCUUAA